AUGACACAUCACGCGACACGUCAAUUCUACACACACAGAAACGAUAAGCACUACCCAAUGGAACUGUUGCUGGAAUCGAGCUCGCUCGACGUUUCGCAGGCCAGCGGGUCACCCGCCCAGACCGACCAGGCAGCCUCGAUGAACUGGGCUAUAUACCGGCAACUGGCCCACGUGGCUGUCCACCCGGGUUUAGCCCACUUCCUUCAGAGGUCCGCAAAUAAUGUCCUCUCGGCGGACAUUGACGCAUUUAAUCAGGUCGGCAAUGAUCGCGAAUUCGGACUGUUUUUCCACCGCACGAUUCAAGAUCGGGCAACCGCAAUCCCGACAAACCGAAUGGCAGUGGCCCGAUACCUCGCAUAUGGUUUCUUAUUACACCUACUCUUUACUGAGGGGAGCCUCGAUGACUCCGGCCCACGCCCUCGGUUCCUGGUGUAUUGCAACUGGUCGUUUACUCGUUGGCUCGUAGAAAUGUUCCUCUCUGCUAUUGGUGUCGAUUUCACGGUCAUCCGUGCUAGUAUGUCUGUUGAGAGUCGGUCGGCGGCCAUCCAGCAGUUUACAAACCCCGAGAGCACGACGACGGUCCUCUUAACAACUUUCAACUGGGGCUCGCUAGGCUUGAAUAUGCAUGGAUGUUGCAGUCGGAUCAUCCUCCUAGAGGGGUCACAGAAUUACAAUGGCGUGUUUCAAACUGUGGGGCGUACCCACCGUCUCGGGCAGGCCCACCCUCAGAAGGCAUGGGUCUCAGAAGGCAUGGGUCUUCUUCCAGGACCAUACGAUUCAGCGGCUGAUGGAAUACAAUUGCACCCGUAA